AUGUAUGGUUUGGUGGGAGCUGAUUUAUCUCAAGUGCUUUUACAGUCACCAAACUUCCCCUUUUGUAACAUUGUGGUCACUAAACUCACUAUUGCGGCUGGAGGGUCACCGAACUCCCAAACCCACCGCCCCGUCCAUCACCCGGUGUCCCAGCCGUUUGGAACCGUCCGACGUGGCUUCACGGCAGCUGAAGUGGCGAUUGUUCUUCUUCCUCUUCGUAGCCCGGCGAGGCCUGAAGCCGUUUCACUUGCACGCAUGGAGGGAGACCAAAGUGAAGGUGGUGAGGAAGAUUCUGAUUUCUCUCAAUCCGAUAUUGAUAUGGCCUCUGAGGAAGACGAUAUGCUGUACAAUCUUAAUGUGAUAGACGGUAUUGAAAUUGGUAUGGAUAUCAACACAGUGGGACAAGGUGAAGAAGUAGUGCUUCGAGGGGAGAUGGAUGAGGUUAACACAUUUGAUGACUUGGAGUAUCCAUCCUUCGAAGAGCUAAAUUUGGAAUGUUCAUCGGAUGAAGAGGUUGGUUAUCGCUUCCCUGAAUUCUUUGCUGAGAUGGAUAUGAGAAAUCCAAAGUUAGAGGUCGGACAACUAUUUCGAUCAAUGCAAGAGUUUAGAUGCGCGGUGAGAAGUUAUGGUGCUCUGAACGGAUAUAAUGUGAAGUUGAGGUGUAAUGAUAGGAAAAGAGCUCAAGGAGUUUGCAAAUCGGGGUGCUCUUGGAGGAUUUGGGCUUCGAAGUUGAACGAGACUGAGACGGUGCAAGUGAAGUCUUACACCCCCGAACACACAUGCACACGGAGUCAAUACAAUAGACAUUGCAACUACAUUUUCCUGACGCAUCGAUAUAUUGAACAAUUUAAAGCAGAUCCUGAUUGGAAGACAAAGUCCAUUUUAGCGACUGUGAGGAAUGAUUUGAAGACGGAAAUAAGUAGAAAUGUUGCUUGUAGGAUGAGGCAAUAUGCGAAGGAGAUCCUAUUUGGUACCCUCCAGGAGCAAUUUGGCCUAUUAAGGAGAUACGCAGCGGAAGUUCAUAGAACAAACCCAGGAUCUUCUAUAUUCAUCACACUUAAGGAGCAAGAUGGUUGUAGGAAAGUGAUUGGUGUUGACGGGUGCCAUUUGCGGGGUUGUUUUGGUGGUAUUAUGUUAACAGCAGUUGGACAGGAUGCUAGUAAUUGUAUUUACCCAGUGGCAUAUGCCGUUGUGGAAAAGGAGAAUACGGAAGCGUGGAGAUGGUUCAUGAAGUAUCUAGCCGAGGAUAUUCAAAUGGAAAACGGACGCGGGUGGACACUAAUGACUGAUAAGCAAAAGGGGCUUCAGAACGUAUGUGAUGAAUUGUUCCCGGAAGCAGAACAUUGA